GCCGACUCCGGAGCGCAGGCGGGCGGCCGGGCGGGCGGCUCGGCGCGGGCCGGCGGGAAGCGUAUUCUGCUCACGGGACGCCGGGCCAGGCCGGCUACGCCGGGCGGCAUUAGUGGGAAGCCGCCUAAGGACCCGCCCGGCGCCGCCCGUCGAGGGGCGGGCGGCGGCAGACCUACCGGGCCGUCGAAGGGCUUAGGAGGCCGGUGGGCAGGGCCGAGCCGGGCCGCGCGGCGCAGCCAUGCCAGGCUUUACGUGCUGCGUGCCGGGCUGCUACAACAACUCGCACCGGGAUAAGGCGCUGCACUUCUACACGUUUCCCAAGGACGCUGAACUGCGGCGCCUCUGGCUCAAGAACGUGUCCCGCGCUGGCGUCAGUGGGUGCUUCUCCACCUUCCAGCCCACCACCGGCCAUCGUCUCUGCAGCGUCCACUUCCAGGGGGGCCGCAAGACCUACACGGUGCGUGUCCCCACCAUCUUCCCGCUGCGUGGCGUCAACGAGCGCAAAGUAGCACGCAGACCUGCCGGAGCUGCAGCCGCCCGCCGCAGGCAGCAGCAGCAGCAGCAGCAACAACAACAACAACAGCAACAGCAGCAGCAACAACAGCAGCAGCCACCGCCGCAGCAGCAGUCGUCGCCAUCAGCCUCCACUGCCCAGGCCUCCCAGCUGCAGCCGAACCUGGUGUCUACCUCUGCUGCUGUGCUCCUCACCCUUCAGGCCGCUGUAGACAGCAGCCAGGCCCCAGGGUCCGUGCCCCCAGCGCCCACCACUCCCACUGGCGAAGACGUGAAACCCAUCGACCUGACCGUGCAAGUGGAGUUCGCCGCCGCCGAGGGCGCAGCCGCCGCAGCCGCCGCGUCGGAGCUAGAAGCUGCUACAGCAGGGUUGGAGGCCGCAGAGUGCCCAAUGGGUCCCCAGUUGGUGGUGGUGGGGGAAGAGGGCUUCCCUGAUACUGGUUCCGACCACUCAUACUCGUUGUCGUCAGGCACCACGGAGGAGGAGCUCCUGCGCAAGUUAAACGAGCAGCGGGACAUCCUGGCGCUGAUGGAGGUGAAGAUGAAGGAGAUGAAAGGCAGCAUCCGCCACCUGCGUCUUACUGAGGCCAAGCUACGAGAAGAACUCCGCGAGAAGGAUCGGCUGCUGGCCAUGGCUGUCAUCCGAAAGAAGCACGGAAUGUGAACGGGGCUCCCACUUUGGCUUGCUGGACCCCGGACCUAGAGGGACCUUAGGCCAUGGCUGUUGAACUACCCUAUAUUCCUGGGACACUGGUUGACAGUACUGAAGCUUAGGGCAGCUGGACUCUUUUGCUGGUGACUAACACCCUCUCUUGUUUUCUCCUGAAGCAAGGUCCUGAAGUCUGGGACCUCAGACUCUGCACAGGUGACACCAGCAUCUAUGACUUUGUCCCCCCACUCUUCACCUAACUCCCAGUUUAUGUUGCAGGUUCUGGUUAAGUAGAGGCUUCAGAACCACUGAACUUGAAACUUAACCCCUCAGAAUGCAGGUCAGCUGCCCAAGGACUAUGGGUUUGGGAAGACAACACCUUGCUUGAGGUUGGCCAGCGUUGAAACAGCUCUUCCGUGUGUAGUGAUAAGAGAUCCAAGUAACAUCAGUUCUCCUUUUCCUGCUUUUCCUUCCCAGGUGCAGCCUGUGAUUCUGAUGGGAAUUGGCAGAUCUGUGCCUCUGCCUAGAACCUCCCUCCUCAGGAGGCCAUCUACAAGGGGAUCUAGGUGACCUGCUAUUGAAGAUCCAGCUUGCCAGGGACUUAGGUUUAUCCUGUUAUGUUUGCUACUGGUUACAAAUUCUAUUUUCUGUACAAUUAGUCAGACUAAAGUUUUCACUGUGUUUGUUUGGCAAAACGAAUUAAACAAAGUAAGGUUUUAA